UCUUUUUGUAAACAAAUUGGAUCGUGUCGUGCUACUUUCGGAGUCGGCAUCAUGACGGAUAAAGGUUUGCUGAAGCGAAUUUCAUUAUCAUCCAAAAAUCGGGCCAGUUUUCCCUCUGGAGGCGGUGGUGUACCAGCCGGGGCGUCAUCCGUUCCUAGCACUGCCAGUGUUGGGCCAGGGUGUAGUAAGCUUCCACCGAUAAAGCCGUCACUAAUUACGAGCAUUCCGUCGCCCGGGUCUCCGGAUCAGUCCGUACUGUUUCCGCACAUAAAAACUUUGGACAACGCGAAAGUGCUACCAAAGUAUACCGUAGCGUUGGCGAAUACAACGGAAGAGUUGAUACCGGCAGAAGAUUUGGAUACCAUUCAACUGGAACUGGAGUUGCUUCUGUCUACGGUUGCACUGCGAUCUCGCGUAUUAAAAGCGGAACUGGAAACGAUAGACAAAGCAGACGAGCGUCGCGAACGUAAAGGAAAGCAUUUGGAACGAGCACCUGCAUCGCCGGGAAAGCGAAAGCGCUUGGAGGAGAAACAGAAAUUGAGAGAAAGUGCCGGGAAGUUGUUUGGUCAUCAGAUAAAGAUAUCAAAGAUGAAGCACUCGUCCACUCUUGUGCCACCAUCUCCGGCACCGUCGCAAAAUACGGAUGACAGCAUGGAUGCGGUUCCGUUCCUGCCUCAGAAUCAUCAUCUUCAACAUUUGAGCAGCGAAAGCACGAAACCGAUUGUGCCGAAAAAUGAUACACCCAACAAAUUUUGGCUCUCGGUAGAACCGUACUGUAUGCCGAUUUCGCACGAAGAUUUAAAGCUAUUGGAUGAUCUGUUGGAGGAAUAUUCAGGGCCACUGAUUCCGCCCAUACCAGAACUGGGUCCGCAUUACAGCACUCAAUGGGCAGCAGAUGAUAUAAAAGAGGAACAGGAUGGUGUAGCAAAUUCGGUUGGAUCCAAAUCUAAGUCAAAAACCCUGACAAACGGUGAUGCAAGCAAAAAAGAAAAAAUAAUGGGAGAAGGGAUCACAGGUCCUCUGACUCAAAGACUUGUAUCGGCAUUGAUGGAAGAGAACCUACAUCCUGACUGUAGUAGCAACGAGAACAGCAACAGUAGCUCAGACGCAACGCACAGCAACCAUGCCCGCAGUGCCGUCGCAUUGCUUAAAAAUGGAAUCAGUAUUGAGCGAAGGCUCCGCAGAGAGUUAAUCGAGCAGGGCAUCCUCGAUGCAGAUGACAUGCCUAAAAGCCAGCAGGAUGAUGAAAUUCUUUCCGAAAUCAACCGCGUCCGAACCGAGCUCGCAGUUAUAGCGGAAUAUAAUUCGAACGAAAUCCGUAAACUUCAAUCGAUGGCAAAAGAUGAAAUGAAACGAAUUGAAGUCAAACGGAAGCUGGAUCGGGUUGAUCAAGAGAUAAUGGACACAUAUCAGAAGGUGAUUGCGGCGAGACUUAAACGUCGAACAUUGACCAAACAAGAGAGAGAUGAAGUUUAUCGGUUAACCGAGGAACAAAAACGUUUAUCAGAUCAGUUAGAACUUAUGCCUGUGCAUGGUCCAUUCGGGAGAACUACGAACUAA